UUACUGAACAAAGCGUUCGGAAGACUACAAAUCCAUUACUAGAGAUGGCAGAAACCGCCCCAGCUGCAGCCGCCCCGCCGGCCAAAGCGCCUAAGAAGAAGUCCGCCACUAAAGCCAAGAAAGCAGGUCCAUCUGUCGGUGAUCUGAUCGUUAAAGCCGUGUCUGCAUCCAAGGAGAGGAGCGGCGUGUCUCUCGCUGCUCUGAAGAAAGCUCUCGCCGCCGGCGGCUACGACGUGGAGAAGAAAAACUCCCGCAUCAAGCUCGCCAUCAAGAGCCUGGUGACUAAAGGCAUCCUGCUGCAGGUCAAAGGAACCGGCGCCUCUGGAUCUUUCAAGAUCAGCAAGAAGGAGACCGAGACCAAGAAGAAGCCGGCGAAGAAAGCGGCUCCUAAAGCCAAGAAGCCCGCGGCCAAGAAACCCGCUGCUGCCAAGAAGCCCAAGAGCGCAGCGGCAAAGAAGCCCGCCGCUAAGAAAUCCCCCAAGAAGGCCAAGAAACCCGCUGCCGCCGCCAAGAAGGCCACGAAGAGCCCCAAGAAGGCGAAGAAGCCCGCGGCGCCCAAGAAAGCAGCCAAGAGCCCCAAAAAGACCAAGGCCGCCAAACCCAAGACAGCGAAGCCUAAAGCUGCCAAGCCUAAAAAGGCAGCUCCCAAGAAGAAGUAAAAACUUGCUGUUUUAUUCCCCAACGGCUCUUUUCAGAGCCACCCACAAACUCGAAAGAAAGAGCAAUUUACUUUAUGGAAGUAAAGUUAGUAUAAGACGUAAGUAUACUGUAUGACCAUUGUAUUUUAAAAACUAUACAAUUAAUAAAACGACAGACACAACAUGA